CGGUGACCAAUCAAUGCGCAGAACGCUCCCUGACGCCAGACCCCAAACUGGUAGCGCAUCUCGCUCCGUAGCCGUCCCCCCUUGGAUGUAACCAUGUAGAAACGAAGGGGUGGAAUUGGAAAAGAGACGAGGACAGCUGCCGCUUAAUACCGGUGUCCACUCGGACUCAGAUGCAGCGGGAAGCCGCAAUGGAGCGAAUGGGGAUGGAGGCAGUGGUGCCAUGGGUGCCUCCGCUAGGAACUCUGGUCGAUGCCCGAGGCGGGGUAAAGGGAGAAAUAUGAGUGGGCAAGUGGCAUCAACAUUGGGAUCUACAGGUCAAGAUUCGUCCCAGCUGGAUGAACCUGUGGUUGACCAGCAGCCCAGUGUUGGGCAACCUCAACAAGAGGAAGCACCAGCUGAGAUUCAGGAUAUCACACCUGGAAAGGAGGAAGUCAAUGGAGAGGAUCCAGUGAAUCAUGAUGAAGAGAGGGAGAAGGAUGCCCCUGGAGAUUGUGACCUGGAAACUGAUCUCCAGGAAUUGGCUUUGGCAAAGACUGGGGGUCAAGGCGGAGAUGGUCCUGAUGUCAAGGAGGAGAUUGCAUCAGAUACAGAGACUGUUGAAAUGCCAGAGGAGUAGAGAAGAAACAAAUGUAAUACUGGCCUUUUUAUUUACUUCACUUAAGCAGUAACAGAGGUAACAACUAUUUAGCUAUCCUAUAUUCACAAUAUUAUUUCAAAUCAAUACAUGUAAAUGAUACUUUUGGGGGACGUUUUUGUUUCAUUUUUUGUGUAUUUUGUUUUCCUUAGGUUGUUGUUUGUUGUUAGAUAUUUUACUGAAUGUGUACACAGUUUUGCCUUCUACUGAAACUACAUUCUGAUAGGUUCCAUUGAUUUAUUUGUUCUGAACUCAGUGUCCUUGUUUUCUUGUAUAACUAGGAAGUGUAGUGUGUUUUUAAAAAUACUCAUAAUGUGCCUGAAGAGUCUUUAAAAUUUCUAGAGAGGAUGAACUGAAUGUAAGCCAAAGGGUUACCCUUAGUGUUCUUGCUUUAGUCCAUUUUAUAGAACUACAACUGCAGUGAACUUUGUAUACCUCUCCUCUCAUCGAAAUAAAGUUCUGCUAAGUAAGUUUAAUGUUUAUAUUAUAGGUGAAGGGGAACCAUUUGCUUGAAAGAAGAUAAACUGAAACCAUCUAUGCUGUUCUUAUGCUGUUUAUUUGACUGUUAAAGUUCUGUCAAUAAAGUUUAAUUUUCUACUU